CAACAGAUUGUACCGCUCGUAGACCUGAUAAUCACCCAUGGUGGCAAUAAUACGGUGUGCGAAGUGUUUCCAGCCGGAAAACCGAUGAUAGUAUUGCCCCUAAACGGCGAUCAAUACAAUAACGCCCAACGGGUGGACGAACUCGGUUUUGGUGUACGUCUGGACGCCUAUAAGUGCACUUCAGGACAACUCUUGGCGGCAAUCGAUCGGCUCUUAAACGAUAAGCAAUUAUACAAAAGACUGGAUAUAAUUGCGGACAGAAUUAAAAGGGAUAACAGUAUUUCAAAUCAAACAUUGGCCACGAGUGCGAAGCCGUGGGAACCGGAGGGCAAAAUGUAUGACCUGUUAUGGGCUCUAAGGCAUCACUAUCUGGCAUAUCAUACGGCCGUACAUAAGGCCGACGAGCGUAUAGUGUUUGUCGGCGACUCAAUAACCCUCGGGUGGGAACUGUUGGGCGCAAACGUGUGGAGUAAAUACUACGGCGCCGGCCGUCACGCCUAUAACUACGGCAUCUCCGGUGACACCACUUCUAACCUCAUAUUCCGGAUCCGGAGCAACGAGUUCGACGGACUCGAGCCCAAUGUCACUGUACUUAUGAUCGGCACUAACAAUGUUUGGCACAAUAACGAUACGGCUGAAGAUGUGAAGCAUGGAAUCGAUGCGAUUAUGAAAGAGCUAUUGACUAAAAUGCCGACCACCAAGAUCCUUUUGUUGGGCAAUUUGCCAGCACCAUGGCCAGACCAGUGCAAACAGCUUAACGCACUUUUGGAAAAGUUGGCUAAUAAUAAAAGUGUAUUUUUUCUGGACAUGUGGUCAGCCUUUGUAGACAAAACUGGUCGACAAAACGCGGAUCUCUUUGUGUCGGAUGGCAUUCAUCCGAAUGAGUCCGGGUAUGAGGUCUGGCAUAAAACUAUGGAUCCCUUACUCCGCAAACUCUAUCAAUUGCUUUUAUAA